AGGGCGGCUCCAGUGGCAUAAGUGGAUUUGAGGGGCUUGGAAAGGAAAACAAGGACGCUAGUUAACGUUUUUUCUCGUUGUUGAAGGAGUGGUUUCGGCGAGGGUAUGGAGCACCCUGUACACAGAGGGGAGACAAUGCCCAUUGGACUGCAUGACAGAUCCCUUGUGGAGGACGACGACGCUCACAUGAAAGUGGCUCUGGGCUAUGGUGAUAUGGGCAUCUCUGCUCACCUUCAGGCAUCAAAGACAGGAAACACACGAUUUUUCACAAGCAACACACACAGCUCAGUCGUUCUUCAGGGAUUUGACCAGCUGAGGAUAGAAGGUUUAUUAUGUGACGUCACGUUGGUGGCUGGGGACGGCGACGAAGCUUUCCCUGUACACCGCGCCAUGAUGGCCUCCUCCUCCGACUAUUUCAAAGCCAUGUUCACAGGUGGAAUGAAAGAACAGGAUUUAAUGUGCAUCAAGCUUCACGGAGUAAACCGAAUAGGCCUGAAGAAGAUCAUUGAUUUUAUCUACACUGCAAAAUUGUCGCUCAACAUGGAGAAUCUGCAAGACACACUCGAGGCAGCCAGCUUCUUACAAAUCCUGCCUGUGCUGGACUUCUGCAAGGUUUUUCUUAUAUCUGGGGUUUCUCUUGACAACUGUGUAGAGGUCGGGCGAAUUGCUAACACAUAUAACCUCACAGAGGUGGACAAAUAUGUCAACAACUUCAUCCUGAAGAACUUCCCCUCGCUGCUGGGCACGGGAGAGUUUGUCAAGCUUCCGUUUGAACGGUUGGCUUUUGUACUGUCAAGCAACAGCUUAAAACACUGCACUGAAUUAGACCUGUUCAAGGCUGCGUGCCGCUGGCUACGCUUUGAAGAUGGUCGUAUGGACUAUGCCCCUAAACUCAUGAAGAACAUCCGCUUCCCCCUCAUGAACCCACAGGAGCUCAUCAAUCAUGUGCAGACGGUGGACUUUAUGCGCACUGACAACACCUGUGUCAACCUUCUUCUGGAAGCUAGCAACUACCAAAUGAUGCCCUAUAUGCAGCCAGUUAUGCAGUCAGAACGGACAGCCAUCCGCUCAGACAGCGCCCACCUGGUCACCCUGGGUGGUGUCCUGCGCCAGCAGCUAGUUGUGAGCAAAGAGCUGCGGCUCUUUGACGAGAAGGCUCAUGAGUGGAAGGCGCUGGCACCCAUGGAUGCACGCUACCAACAUGGCAUUGCAGUCAUUGGCAACUUUCUGUAUGUGGUGGGAGGCCAAAGCAACUAUGACACCAAAGGCAAGACAGCAGUGGACACGGUGUUCCGGUACGAUCCGCGCUACAACAAGUGGAUGCAGGUGGCGUGCCUUAAUGAAAAACGUACCUUCUUCCACCUCAGUGCACUCAAGGGACAUCUCUACGCUGUGGGUGGAAGGAACGCUGCCGGGGAGCUUGCCACCGUGGAGUGCUAUAACCCAAGGACAAAUGAAUGGACAUACGUUGCCAAAAUGAAUGAGCCACAUUACGGCCAUGCUGGGACGGUGUAUGGCGGUUAUAUGUAUAUUUCAGGGGGAAUCACUCAUGACACUUUUCAGAAGGAGCUGAUGUGCUUUGACCCUGAUGCGGAUAAAUGGACUCAGAAAGCACCCAUGACAACAGUGCGUGGCCUCCACUGCAUGUGCACAGUGGGCGACCGUCUGUACGUGAUCGGCGGCAAUCACUUCAGGGGUACCAGCGACUACGACGACGUGCUGAGCUGCGAGUACUACUCCCCUGCCCUCGACUUAUGGACACCUAUUGCUGCCAUGCUGCGAGGCCAGAGUGAUGUGGGCGUGGCCGUGUUUGAAAAUAAGAUCUACGUGGUGGGCGGUUACUCGUGGAACAAUCGCUGCAUGGUGGAAAUAGUACAGAAGUACGACCCGGAGAAAGACGAAUGGCACAAAGUGUUUGACUUACCCGAGUCGCUGGGCGGGAUCCGAGCCUGCACACUCACAGUUUUCCCCCCUGAGGAUAUUUCAGGCUCGCCCUCCAGAGAGUCGCCCCUCUCAGCACCUUGAUGAGUAAAGGGGGGGGAGCUGUAUUCUGCUCACACCCCCGUAACCCGUCGCCCACCUACCCUCCCAAAACAAACACUCCUUAUAGACAUUGUUUGCACUUCCUCCUUGGACUAAAUCUGUACUGCACCCCCUAAGUCCCCCAAGCCCCCCUCCCUUGAAGCUGUGCAGUACCCCCUCCCUAAGUGAUUACACCUACGUACCGAUACGGUUUGGCAACCUAAUUACAUGUUAAUGUUGCAUACUCGGUAUAUAUUUUGGCAGGAAAUACCUUGACUUGAAAAGUGACUUUGCAAAUCAACUUUUCUACCUGAUGUCUACAAAGUUUUCUUAUGUCUGGUUUCUUUAGGCGUUCUACCUUGAGAUGUUCACUCCCACACUGACUCUCUCUCUCCUAGUCUAUGCCAGGUUAGAUGCAGGUGACCCCCCACAGAGAGCAGAUGCGUAGGGACGGAUAAGCUCCGAAAACACUGCUGGUUUUUAACUCAGGGCUUGGCCAAGGCCCCAUCCAAGUCUCUCUCUUACAGUUUCAGUUUUUUUUUUCCUGCUAUUGCUAUGAAACUGUUAACAAAAUGGUGUUUUCUAAAUUUAAUAAACAUGAUUUUGAAAGUAAGGAA